CACCGCGGGGUCAAAGCGUUUCCGGCGGUGACCUGCCGUCAGCUCGCAGUCUUUCUGGACGCCUGGCCCAUCCCGGUCACAACAGACAUGAGUUUGUUACGGCUCUGAUGGCGGUCUGGGCGGAGUUUGUGCAUCAUGAUCUGGUGCACAUCGCUAGCGGCGCGCCAGGUGACGGCGGAGCCACCUCGUGUUGCCGUGACGGAGCCCGUGAGCCUCACUGCCUGCCCAUUCUGUCGCCCGGUCACUGCCAGGAGUAUGUGCGGUCACUGUCCUCACUGCAGAUGGGAUGCCACCUCGGCCCACGUGAGCAGAUGAACCUGGCGACCUCCUUCCUGGACGGAAGCGGCCUGUACGGCACCACCAAGCAGUCGGCGCACCGGCUGCGGUCCCUGAGCCGGGGACAGCUCAAGUUGAACGCCGAUGGAACUCUGCCGCGUGGGGAUGAUACGCCGUGCAGGAGCAAGGAGAGCGGCUGCCCCCUGGCUGCCGACCCACGCGCCAACUCACACUCAGCAAUCAGUGCCAUCUACGCCCUGUUAGCCCGCGAGCACAACCGCAUAGCGGCUCAGCUGUCUGAGACGAACCCGCACUGGGGAGACGAGAGGACCUACCAGGAGACCCGGAGGUUGAUCAUUGCUCAGCUGCAGCACAUCACCUUCAAGGAGUUUGUGCCGGCUGUGCUGGGACAGGAGGUGACCAAGUUUUUCGACCUGGAGCUGCUGUCUGCCGGCUUCCACCAGCACUACUCGAUGGAUGAGUACCCUGGCGUGUCUAACGCCGCUGCUAGCACGGCGCUCAAGUUUUACCUGGCCCUGCUACCGGGCUAUCUGCAGUACAUCAAUGUGAACGGAGAGGCGGAGGGCGAGGCUCCCCUCUCUGCCUCGUUCUUCGCUCCGUUUGACCUGUACAAGGAGGGUCGUCUGGAGCAGGUGCUGCUCGGUCUGACUGGAAGUCAGGCGUCGCAGGGAGACUCCAUUACCGAGCAGCUGACUGAUGCCCUGGGCCUGGACCUGGCCGCCGACACCAUCCAGCAGGCGCGUGACCACGGCGUGGCCGCCUACACCCAGUGGCGUCAGCUGUGUGGCCUGCCUCCGGUCACCCAGUUCCGUGACCUCAACACCACCAUGGCGCCCAGCAAGAUCGAUAUGCUGAGGAGCAUGUAUCGGUCCCCUGCCGACAUUGACCUAUUCGUGGGCGGCGUGCUCGAGUCUCCUGUGGAGGGCGCCGUGGUGGGACCGACCUUCGCCUGUCUGCUGGGCCAGCAGUUCCAGCUGGUCAGGCAGACAGAUCGGUUCUGGUUUGAGAACGAGGUGCCCCCGUCGGCCUUCACCAAAGAGCAACUGUACCAGAUUCGCAAGUCUAGCAUGGCCCGACUGUUCUGUAACAACAUCGAUGGAGUGAGGGAGCUGCCGCCCAACGUAUUCCUCAAGCAGGACCCCUUCCUGAACGCACCCGUUCUGUGCGACAUGCUACCGUUCCUGGACCUUUCGGCCUGGAAAUCGGCCCGUUCAGGAGUGCUGAUCCCUGACGAUGUGUUUGGAGAUGUUGUCAGCAAGGCCAAGAUGGAUCUGGAGAGACGCAGAAAUGAGGAGAGGAUUCUUACCGAGCUGAAACUGAACGCCGACCCCAAGUCGUCUCUGGGCACGGCGUACGCCUUCAGUCGCCCCAACAAGCAGGCGGUGCUGCUAUCCAACACAUCGCUGAUUCUCGAGUACGCCUCUGGAGAAUUCAUGUCCACCGUCUUCUCCAAAUCUGGCAACUCUCGUAUCAAGCGUCAGCUGGUGAAUCUGUCCAACCAGCUGUCUGGUAACCCUCAGACGGUGCAGGGUUUCAGUACGAGCCUGCGUCAGUUCGACGUGUCCAAUCUGGUGUCCCAGGUGCCCAUCAUUGACCAGUGCAGAGCGGACGAGGAGACCGUGCCAUGUGACCCGGCUGCACCGUACCGCACCUACUCGGGCUACUGUAACAACCUGGCCAACCCCAACUUUGGCAAAUCGGUGACGCCUCAGCACCGGCUCCUGCCCGCUCAGUAUGACGACGGUAUCAGCCGCCCCCGUCAGCGUUCGGUCACUGGCGUGCCCCUGCCCUCUCCCCGUCUCAUCUCCACCACUCUGCACGAUGACGUCAGCAACCCCCACUCGCGCUACACCAUGUUCCUCAUGCAGUUUGGACAGUUCCUCGACCACGACAUCAGCAUGACGCCCAUCAAUAAGGGUUUCGGCGACUCGAUCCUCAACUGUCGCGACUGUGACUCGGCCAACCGGGUACACCCGGAGUGCUGGCCCAUCAGUGUACCCCAGAACGACCCCUACUUCCCUCCGGUCAACGUCAGCAGCGGCAGGCCCUUCUGCAUCGCCUUCACACGCUCUCUGCCCGGACAGCAAACUCUCGGCCCUCGUGAGCAGAUCAACCAGAACACGGCCUACCUGGACGCGUCCCAUAUCUACGGCCAGGAUCAGUGCGAGGCGCGCAGUCUGCGUCAGUUCCAGGGCGGCCGUCUCAUCACCACCCCCCACCCUGUGCGCGGGAAGGGUCUGCUGCCCACCACCAGGGACAACAAGGAGUGCAGGGCACCGUCCGGAUCCUGCUUCGCUGCUGGUGAUAACCGUGCCUCGGAACAGGCCGGUCUGGCUACUCUGCACGUGAUCUGGAUCCGCGAGCACAACCGUGUGGUGGCGGAGCUGGCCUCCAUCAACCCGCACUGGGAUGACGAGAAGCUGUACCAGGUGGGCCGUAAGAUCGUGACUGCCGUCUGGGAGCACAUCACCUACAACGAGUUCCUGCCGCGCAUCCUCGGCUGGAACGCCAUGCAGCUAUACGACCUCCGUGUCGGCACCGAGGGAUUCUUCAAGGGCUAUGACGACACAUGCAGCGCUGCCGUGCUGAACGAAUUCUCAUCGGCCGCAUUCCGCUUCGGGCACUCUCUGAUCCGGCCUAAGCUGUUCCGCAUGGGCGUCAAUUUCGGCGAGCGCAACCCGCACAUCCAGCUGCGAAACAGCUUCUUCAACUCGGACAUGCUGUUUGACGUUCAGAUGGUCGACGAGAUCAUGCGCGGCCUGGUCAACACGCCGAUGGAGAACCUGGACAACUUCAUCACCUCGGAGGUCACCAAGCAUCUGUUUGAGGAGCGCGGUCAUCCGUUCUCGGGGCUCGAUCUCGUCUCGCUCAACAUUCAGAGAGCUCGUGACCACGGUCUGCGACCUUACAACGAGUACCGUGCCAUCUGUAACCUCAAGAAGGUGACCACCUUUGACGAGCUCUCCCGGGAGAUUCCUCAGCGACUCAUCAACAAGAUGAAACAGGUAUACGCCAGUGUGGACGACAUUGACCUGUUCACGGGAGGUCUGAGUGAAACCCCACUCCAGGGAGGUCUGGUCGGACCGACAUUCGGCUGCAUCAUCGGACUGCAGUUCAGAUUCCUCAAGAAGUGCGACAGGUUCUGGUACGAGACGGAAGAGCCCUCGAUCCGGUUCACUGAGAAACAGCUGGCCGAGAUCCGCAAGGUGACCAUGAGCCACAUCAUGUGCCAGAACUGUGACGAGGUGGACGCGCUACAGAGGGCGCUGUUCGACAUGCCGCACGACUUCCUGAACCCGCGGAUCGCGUGCCGCUCCAUGCCGCGGAUGAACUUUGACCUGUGGAAGGAGGGCAACAACGGCGGCGGCCAGUGCAACGUCAACGGCGUCUCCUUCAGCAGAGGCACCACCAUCAGCAUCAGCCCGUGUACCCGCUGCUCCUGCUCCAACGGGCAAACCAACUGCCAGAGUGUUCGUGUGACCAGCUGCCAGCAGCUGGCGCAGCAGCACGGCCGGAACACGGUCCUCGCCGACACCUCCUGUCGCGUCCAGUGCCUUUCUGAGCUGGGAGGCGGCAGCGCCGGAGCUAGCGGCAGCGGCAGCAGCGGUGGAGUCCGACCGUCAUCAGGUCUCAGUCCUCCCCGGCCGGUCGCUCCAGCCCCCGCCCCCGCCCCCGCCCCGGUGGCUCCUCCCCAGUUCCAGCCGCCGCCGCCCCAGCAACAGCAGGGUGGCUUCCAGCCGGCCGCUCCGCAGUUCCAGCCGCCGCCGCCGCCGCCGCCACCCCAGCAGCCCACGCGUGGGAGGCCCUUCCGCGGUGGUGGGCCGUUUGGAGGAAUUGGACUUGGUCUGCAGGGCCUCGGAAGGCUGUUUGGUCUGUAAGCAGGCUCACACCUGAGGCCAUCGAAUGAUGAGCGAGCGAACACUGAACUCAUGUGAUCGACAUAGAAAUUAAGCCGUUCGGAUGAGAAUCGUCAAACACGGGCGAACGGACGAGCGGAAGGACCAAGCUCGGAUGAUCCAUGUGACACGGGUAAAGGUUAUCCGCCCGUUUUUUGGUCGCUAACACGGUCACAUAUCCGUCCGAGCGGUGGAUAAAAGGACGACGGAGCUGUGAAAGUUGACGAGCGAGCUGGGACGGACCAGUCAAUGAAUCGGAAGCGGAUUACGAUGAAUUACGCGUUGGAUGACGAGCGAGAAGAUAACGAAAGAUAAUGGAGAGGCGUCAGUGUUGGUACGACGGACUUGACUUUGCGUUCGCGGAGGAGCGUCCAAUUCGUCGGCCGUCGCAAAACGGUCAGCUCUAGAACCGAGCGAAACCGAACGAGUUUUCAGGGACAGGCGUCACCAGCCAAUGAGCGCGCGUGAGAGUAGCAUUAAGGCGGUUUUAGUUGGUCGCCGCUGCCGCAAACACGCACCACGGACACAUUAUUAAUGCUCAACUAUUGUGAUAGCUGUGGGGGCGUUCGGUGCGGACGCUUGCGGUGCGUUCUGUGCGGACGCUUGCGGUGCGUUCGGUGCGGACGCUUGCGGUGCGUUCGGCAAGGGCAGGAGUGAGAAGGAAGUGUGGGUGAUUUUGUCUGCCGCUGCCGUCCGGUUAAGCUGUGGUUGUGUCGUUUAUUUGUUGCCUGUUUAGCGGUUGCCAGGUGUGAGUUGUGUUGCCAGAUGUGAGAUGUGCUGCCAGGCGGAUGUCGACCGGUGUAAACGCUGCCAGUUUUAAAGGUUACCAUUUGAGCCUUGCAAACUGCCACUGGGUGUAUUGUGUUCGCUGUUGGCGCGAACAGCGAUUUUUCCGCGAGCAGUGUCCCGUGUACUAACGUAUGUGCCAGUUGUGGUAUGGCCGAUAAAAUAAGAGCGCUUUUCAAGCGCAGCUGAAAUUUUUUUUUGCGACGACUUUUAGGAAUGCGAUCUGAAUAUUUAUUUGUAAGUUGAACUCUAUUUUAGCUUUUAUAUUGAUACCUCGUUGUGUAUGUGCUGCCACAAUAUCAGCUGGUAAUACACUACUCUUGUAUGCG